CAGCAGAAACCGUUUCUAAAAAUACCGCGGAAUGGAAAAGGGAAGCGACAAAACUGAGUCGUCUGCUCGGCCCUGGCCGCGUCCGUCGAUCUCAUGGGAGCGCAACGCUGAACAUGCCGCCGCUGCUGCUGCUCCAGCUCUACGUCGUCGCCUGUGUCGCUGGUGUCACAGUGUGGGCGGGUCCUGCAGAGACGGUGGUGGGCGUGGCCGGGCGGAGAGCGUCUCUGCCGUGCCGGGUGGCGGCGGCCAAACGGAAAGGCGUGCACGUGUGCUGGGGGAGAGGCGAGCCGGCCUUCUUCUCCUGCCACAACGUGCUGGUCAACGCGGUGGGCGAGCGUCUCAUGUACAAGAGCUCGUACAGGUACUCGGUGUCUUCCGCCCCAAGCAAGGAGCCCCAUCUUUCCAUCUUCAACGUGCGCCCCUCGGACUCGGGCCUCUACCACUGCCGGGUUCAGCUGCCGGGACCCUUCAACGACAAAACCUUCUCCGUCCUCCUCAUCGUCAUUCCGCGCGCAGGGAACCUGAACACACCACCGACGAUCAAAGGUGGAAGUACGGACGCGGGAACAGGAAGUGAUGUCACGCAGAGCGUCCAAUUGUGGGAGGGCUCGGUAGACGACACAACCGGACCGGUGGUGGCGCAGGUGCAGAAGCCCGUUCGGCGGCAAGAUGGCAACAAUCUGCGGAUGUUCCUCGGAAACACCCUCAGAAUGGCCUUCAUCGUCUUCAGUCCUGCAGUGAUACUGACCGCCGCUUACAGAAUCUGGAGGUCCAAUCAGAGAGCAGUGACCGGCAGCAGCGGGAGCCAAUCAGAAGAGGCAGAGGAUGACGUGUACGUGUAGAAUCGGGAGGAGCCUAAUUUGCUGAUUUACGGGCUUACAAAAUGGAAGUGUAGAGAAAACAAUCAGCCUCCUAAAUCAAUAAAAAAAAAAAAACAUUCAUUUGUAUUAAUAUUCACUUAUUUUGGUGUAUUUUUUACAGUUGAUAGGACAGUUUUUUUUUUCUUGUUAAAUUUAUUUUUAUUUACCUUUCGUAAUGAGAACAAGUCCCUUAUUUG